AUGUCCACUUCGCCCGCUCCCUCAGCCUCUCGCGGCGAUAUCACCCUCCAGCCGUCCUAUUUCACCUCCUCGCUCUAUGUCGGACCUCUGCGCGAAGAUAUUUCUCGUCUGAUAUACGCCUUUUCGGAGCAGUAUGUCGGGCCGCAGCAACCAUGUCAACCAUUUGCGCUUUUCAAGAAGUUAUGGACAGAUCUGGGGUGGAGUUGGAUUCACUUCAAAGUCUUUGAUGCUCGUGCGCGAGAGACCUUCAUCGAUGUCACGGAAAGACUAUUUCUGGAACGUAUGGCAGACACUGAGCCUCCCCUCGCUAGAGUUAUUGCGCUCUUCGCUUUGUAUACUUUUUACUCCACACAGCCAUCUACGUCGACUCCUGCCCUGCGCUGUUCGAAGUACCUCGAUGUCCCGAUUGAUGCUUACACGUCCAUUAUUACAUUACCGUCAACUCUGAUAGAGCCAGGGCUACAUCCAUUACAACCGUAUGUCAUCCACCUGCUCACCACGCUCAUCGAUUCGCAGGCGUUCCAUAUCCUGCCCCGUUCCGAGCUUCGCCCCUUCAAUCCAAGCGUGCUUCCGAGAGAAAUAUUCGUUCAGGACGGAGAAGAACCUACUGCGCUUACUGGGUUAACAAGUGACGAAACUGCAUCAUCAUUUGCGCGUCCUCAAAAGAAGAAGGGCCGCCCAUCCAGGCGCGAAAAGGCCAAGAAAGCCAAAGACGCGCUAGUUGCUCUGGAGAAAUAUGUAGAGAAGAACAGCGUACCAUCAUCCGGUUCAGGUUUGCUCCAAAGUGGUAUGCAGAGCGCAUGGUCCACGCCAGUGCCAUCCCAGGUGACGCACACUUUGUUAACCCACCCACCCACCACCACACGAAACAACUAUCGGGCGCACAAAAUGCAGCUGUUGGAUGUUCUCGACCCUUACACGGGCGCGCCGUCGAGUUCUACGGGUGCGGUAGAAGGAACGGCAACAUGGAAGGCGCUGGAGAAGGCAAAUGAGGCACUCCUGGCGCGGCUACGGGAGAUCGACGCGCUUGCUGCGGAGAAGGGGUUGGAAGUUGGUGGAGAGGGUGGGGAAAAGACUGGGCUGGCGAGAGUAGAGAAAGCUGCGAAGGAGCUGCAUGAGCGUAGUGGUGCGAGUCCGUGGGCGAGAGGAGGGAUCCUGGGGCUGUUGGAGGGCGCAGGCUUGGAUUUCAGCGAGGAAGGUGAUGUGGGCGGCAGCGGUGAGAUGGACGGGACAGGCGGCUGA